CCUUCGUCCAUCGUUUGCCGACUGUAGCCAAUCUUCAAAGAGAAGCCAAAUCAACACGAGGUUACUUACCCGAGCAGUUGCGCUUUUCCGUUUAGUUGCAUUUCGAUCGUCAACUCGGCCGGCCGGUAGCUUGAAAGGGCUCUCGAUUCAAAGUUUCACUGUCGCGAGUGUAGUAUAGUGCAGUUUUGUAGUUUGCAGGACACCUAAUAGCUGGUUCCUCAAUUGAGGUGUUUAAAUCCUAUUCAAAGGUUGGACUGCAACCUGGUGGUUCGCCGGGGGUAGUUGCGUUUGGAUUUGCGGUUGACGAGCAGAAGGAGAACGUUAAUAUACACGACACGAGGAGAAUAGAGACCCGGCCCGGCGGGUAAUUUGAUCCCGCAACAUAUUUACAUCAGUGCAAUUUUAUUCCGUCUGUCUCCUCGGUUCCUGUGGAUGUUCGAAUGUGAAAGGUGCGCUCCAAUGGACUGCCAAAAUUUUGCGAUCCGCGAUCAUGAGAUGAGUUGAAGAGUGAAUAGGUCUAAUAUAGAUACAUACAUGACAUGCAAUGCAAUCGACAUACCAAGUUGUCUGAAACAAGUGAAGCCCAAAAAAGUUUGUUUUCUUACAAGUUUCCACUAUAGUGCGUAAAACGCAGUGCAAUUCUCAAUUAGAGUGAACGUAAAUCAGCUAUAACUGCAGUUACACUUUAUAUACACGCAUCAAGCAGAAAUCAAGUUCCACGGGUUAGGAUACUUCUUCUACAAAGAUAGUUGAUCAAUACACAUGGAAAGCCACAAGGAAUUCUUGGGAAAAUGAUUGGAUUACCAGUGGAAGAUCACAGCCGCAGCAUCUCUCGUAUCCAUUGAUUGACGGGAAUUGUGCAUUGGAGUGAACGAAAAGACAGUUGUAUACUAAAGAUUUCGGGAAUUAAACCCAACAAAGUGCUGUGCCGCGCCAAGAGGAAGCAGGAUUCCUCGAAAGAAAAUACGCUACUGUUCCGAUAAGAACGGCCAACCAGCACCACCAUGACAAUUAACACAGACGACCAGUAUGCCGAUAAUGAAAGCAAAAGCAACAUCACGUCUAGACGUUAUAGCACCAGCAGCUAUCAGGAUAUCGAUGAAGGUAUCAGCCAUGCGUUAAGCAGUAAUGACAAAUCCACGCUGAUUCAAGUUUGGAAACCUAAAAGUUAUGGUGCCGUCAAAGGACAGAUACCGCAGCACGCACGGCUCACAUACACGUGGAAGGAGAUCGACGUGUUUGGAGAGAUGCCGAGCGAUACCAAAAAGGAACCGCUAUGUAGCAGAUUGUGUUCAUGCUUUUCCCGCCAAAAGAAAGACUUGAAUCCCCGAAAGCACUUACUGAAAAAUGUCACCGGGGUGGCAAAGAGCGGCGAAUUGUUGGCAGUAAUGGGAAGUUCCGGGGCCGGAAAAACGACAUUGCUUAACGCUUUGUCUUUCAGAUCGCCACCUGGAGUAAAAAUUGCCUCUAGUUCUGUACGUGCAUUGAAUGGGAUACCGGUCAACGCAGAGCAGCUUCGUGCUCGCUGUGCAUACGUCCAACAGGACGAUUUAUUUAUCCCUGCGUUAACUACACGAGAACACCUGAUAUUCCACGCAAUGCUGCGAAUGGGUAAGAAUGUACCCAAGAGUGUCAAAAUGAACCGAGUCAACGAAGUAUUACAGGAGCUUUCGUUGGCGAAAUGUGCAGAUACAAUCAUUGGGGCUCCCGGUCGAAUGAAAGGUCUAUCCGGGGGAGAACGAAAACGACUGGCAUUCGCAUCGGAAACACUAACCGACCCUCAUUUGCUGCUCUGUGACGAACCUACCUCUGGACUGGAUUCGUUUAUGGCGCACAGCGUUCUACAGGUGCUGAAAGGAAUGACCCUCAAGGGAAAAACGAUUAUACUGACCAUACAUCAACCUUCUUCGGAACUGUACUGCCUUUUCGACAAAAUCCUUCUGGUGGCCGAAGGACGGGUUGCGUUCCUUGGAUCUCCCUAUCAAGCCUCGGAAUUCUUCUCACAGCUAGGAAUACCAUGUCCGCCAAACUAUAAUCCGGCUGAUUUCUACGUGCAGAUGCUGGCAAUUGCACCGAAUAAAGAAGCCGAAUGCCGGGACACGAUCAAAAAGAUCUGCGACUCCUUUGCCGUCAGUUCGAUCGCUCGGGAAGUAAUGGAGGUUGCCAAUUCCGGGAAGAACGUUGAAGAGCAAUACUUGCUGCAACCUAUGGAAGGAGUCAGUCGGACAGGUUACAGAUCGUCCUGGUGGACUCAGUUCUACUAUGUGUUGUGGCGCUCAUGGCUAACGGUGCUCAAGGAUCCGAUGUUGGUUAAAGUUCGAUUGCUUCAGACUGCGAUGGUUGCCACCCUAAUUGGAGCGAUCUACUUCGGACAGCAGCUGGAUCAGGACGGCGUGAUGAACAUAAACGGAGCGCUGUUUCUAUUUCUGACAAACAUGACUUUCCAGAAUGUGUUCGCCGUUAUCAACGUGUUUUCUGCUGAGUUACCGGUAUUUCUUCGUGAGAAACGCUCGAGGCUAUUCCGCGUGGAUACCUACUUUCUGGGGAAGACCAUUGCUGAAGUGCCGUUGUUCCUAGCUGUUCCAUUUGUGUUCACGUCGAUAACCUAUCCAAUGAUUGGACUCCAGAGCGGGGCGUCACAUUAUCUGACAACGCUUUUAAUCGUUGUUUUGGUCGCAAAUGUGGCGACAUCUUUUGGUUACCUAAUAUCCUGUGCAAGCUCAUCCGUCUCGAUGGCUCUAUCCGUCGGCCCACCGGUCAUCAUUCCAUUCCUAAUCUUCGGAGGCUUCUUCCUGAACUCGGCAUCGGUUCCGUCGUACUUUGAGUAUUUGUCCUAUUUCUCCUGGUUCCGCUACGCGAACGAAGCACUGCUAAUCAACCAAUGGAGCUCCGUUCAGGAGGGAGACAUUGCCUGCACCCGAGCGAACGUUACCUGCCCCAGUUCCGGGCAGAUCAUCCUGGAAACGUUCAAUUUUCAGGUGGAAGAUUUCCACUUCGAUAUCGCUUGCCUGUGUGUGUUGAUCGUGGUGUUCCGUACGGGCGCGCUGUUUUGCCUGUGGCUGCGCUCGCGAAGUAAGGAAUGAGCAUUUCUACGUAAGAACUAAACGUUAACCUUCGUUUUGUGAAUGCUGAUGAUGUAUGUAACCACAGAAUCAUUAAGAUUAGAAUAGCUUCAGUGUUUUAGUUACCGAGUAGUAGGUACCUAUUGUUCAAAAACUGAAAAAAAAUCUGAGCCAUAUAAGAAGCCAUCAACGUCAACGCUUGGAGGAAACCAAGUCCCGAAACUAUUGUGCUGAAGCAAAACCAACUGUUGUUUCAAAACUGUAAAUCUGUAAACAAUUCAUUCAAAAAUUUAACUCUUGUUUGAAUCACUGAAAGCUUAUCGAUCUUACUGAUAAUGUGUUAACCCUCACCAAUCUGGCAUUUAUAGAGAACGAAUCACGUAAAAAAAAUAAAGGACGUCAUCUCUAGUUAAGUCAUGCCUCCCGUGCAGCAUGUGUAGCAAUUAUUCCGACCAAAUCCCAAUGUAAUGAGCAAUCGUUUAUUUCUGGUAGUAGCGCAAUUUAGCUCGAUUAUUUUAAAUUUCAUGUAAAAAAUACUCACGUAGAUACCUAAUAAACUUUUUUUUUACAAAAUACAAAAA